UUGUGUCAUCCCAACCUAACGCACACACAGACACACAUUUUUUUCAUUUCAUUCACAGCUUUGGCCGCCUCUUAGACCUGAGCUAACUGUGUUGAUACCAGUCGUAGAUCGCCUUCUCUUCCAUCAAUGGCGGAGCCUCAAAGCGACAAAACCCCAACUCUGUCAGAGCACUACCAUUUAAAAGAGAAGGAGAAGCCAGAUGUGGGUACUAAAUCUGUGGAAGUAAAAGAGGUUGAGAAGCCAGUAAAUGCUGCCUCUGAUGAAGUCGUAUCUGAGAAAGCUGAAGGUUCACCUGCUGCUGCUGAAGAAAGCACUGAAGUUACCCCAGUUGCCACUGAAGAAAGCAGUGAAGUUAACCCUGCUGUUGGGGAGAGCACUGAAGCCAAUUCUGCUGCUGUUGAAAACAACACCGAAACUGCUCCAGCUGCUACCGAAGCAAGCAGUGAAAAUUCUGAAGAGGAGAAUGCUGGUGAACAAGAAGCUGUUGAAGAGACACCAGAGAUUAAGCUUGAAACAGCACCUGCAGAUUUCCGCUUCCCAACUACAAAUCAAACAAGGCAUUGCUUUACUCGAUAUAUUGAGUAUCAUCGGUGCAUAGCUGCAAAGGGGGAAGGCGCCCCAGAGUGUGAUAAGUUUUCAAAAUAUUAUCGUGCACUUUGCCCGGGUGAAUGGGUUGACAGAUGGAAUGAGCAAAGGGAGAACGGAACCUUUCCAGGUCCUCUGUAGUUGAUGUGUUGAAAUUUCUAAUAAAUUCGAGAUAUGAAUUUUUUUAAUGAGAUAUGGAUCCUAAGGGAAUGUCCCAUUAAAACAGUGAGUUAAUAAGAAAUUUUCCUUACUUGUUGGAACUGUUUCCGGUUCAAAUACAGAGAAAUUGUUGCUCAUGAACAAAGUUAUUGUUUUAUUAUUACUGAGGCAUUUUUCCAUCUUAUAUAUCUGCUUUAACUGUUCUGUAGCAGUUAGAGGUUAGUGACUGGAACUCAAAAAUAAGUAUGUAGAAUUUACCCUCGGGGGUAUUUUGUACGGCUAUACCUAUCACAUAAUAAAUCAUAUUGUUUCUUAAUGAA